AUACCACGAAAAUAAAUAUUUUACCAAAUCAAAUUCCCCAAAAACACACACUACACGCACUGUUCGCACACCAUUUGCAUCGAAAAUCCUUCAAAUCCAUCUGCAAAAUCCUCACAUUUUCACCAUUUCUUUUUUCAAUCGUAUCGAUCUCUCUGUAUUAGCGUGAUUCGGAUUUUCGAUACGCUUCACACAUACAUACACACAAUUGUACGUAUCGGUCACCUUCGUCUCCGGAUACGCAGAGCCUCUCUCUGAUUUGGAUUCAAUCAUUCAACGUGUCUCAGAUCCCAACACACAUGUAGCGUAGCUGUAUUUGCAGGCGUGGGUGUACACAUACGCGACGGAUUCCUUUUUUUUUUUGUCUUCACGAAUCCAGUCUCCCCCGAUCUCCUUUUCAUCUCUUCUUUUAAUCCAUUGUCGAAGUAAUCAGAUUCUUACAGGGUCCAUUGUGACUUGGGUUAUUGAUUCCAAUUUUAAACUACGGGGCAAUAUGUGGUAGAAGUUACAAAAUAUUUGCAGGAGUUAACCUGUGAUGCAUCAUUUCUAAAUGAAGUCAGCUCAGGCAUGGCGUCUUGGCACGAAAGACAUGCAAAUGCUGCCAGGGCCUCGCCAGCGUGGUCAAUUAAAGAAGCCAACAUGGAUUAUUGUGUUGGUUUGUUUAGUUAGUUUGUUCUUAGUUUGUGCUUACGUCUAUCCUCCUCAGAACUCCGCAGCGUGUUAUUUGUUGUCAUCUCAUGGCUGUAAGGCAUUGCAAAAUUGGCUUCCUCCUGUGCCUGCUAGGGAGCUUAGUGAUGAUGAAUUUGCUUCUCGAGUUGUGAUUAAAGAUAUUCUGAGUAUGCAACCUUCUAUACCUGCAAACCCCAAAAUUGCAUUCUUGUUCCUAACACCAGGGGCACUACCAUUUGAGAGGUUGUGGGAUAAAUUUUUCCAGGGCCAUGAAGGUAGGUUCUCUGUGUACGUGCAUGCAUCCAAGGAUAAGCCUGUACAUUUUAGCCGUUAUUUCAUCAAUCGGGAGAUUCGUAGCAGCAAGGUCUCAUGGGGAAAAAUUUCAAUGGUCGAUGCUGAAAGGCGGCUUUUGGCAAAUGCACUUAAAGAUCUAGAUAACCAGCAUUUUGUACUACUUUCAGACAGCUGCAUACCACUUCGUGAUUUUGAUUAUGUUUACAACUAUCUCAUGUACACAAAUGUUAGCUUUGUAGAUUGCUUUGAUGAUCCUGGUCCACAUGGAACUGGUAGAUACAGUGAAUAUAUGUUACCAGAAGUAGAGAAGAAAGACUUUCGAAAGGGUGCCCAGUGGUUCACUAUGAAGCGGCAACAUGCCCUUAUAAUUACGGCCGACAGUCUCUACUACAGUAAAUUCAGAGAUUAUUGCAGGCCAGGCAUGGAAAAGGGUCGCAACUGUUACUCAGACGAACAUUAUCUUCCUACUUUUUUCCAUAUGCUUGAUCCAAGUGGAAUUGCCAACUGGUCGGUAACACAUGUCGAUUGGUCUGAGGGCAAGUGGCAUCCGAAGUCUUAUAGAGCACAGGAUGUGACAUUUGAGCUGAUGAGAAAUAUUACAUCUAUCUCAGAAAGUGUGCACGUGACAAGUGAGGAAAAGAAAGAAAUUCAGAUUGGACCAUGCUUGUGGAACGGAAAUCAACGCCCGUGUUAUUUGUUUGCGAGGAAAUUUAUGCCCGAAACUAUUGAGAAAUUGAUACAGCUCUUCCCCAAUUAUACAUCUAUUUGAGUCAAGUACUGAUUUUUUCAGUCUAUUCAAGUGGCAGCACUAGAUUUGUCCCCAUUUCCCGUGUAGCUUCUUUCUGCUUUUGUAGAGCACCCACAAGACCGGCUUUUAAUUUUCCAGUGUUAAAAGGGGAAAUUUUCCGGUAGUGAAAAGGUAGAGUUUUCGAGCAACGCUGAGGAUGGAGAAAUCCCGAGCGUUGAGAAUGUUUGGGGAUAAGAAUUUGAUGAUUUAAUUUUUCCCUCUUUUUUGGGCAAUUUAUGUUACAUUCUUAUAUUGGGACCAACUGUGGGGACUAAGGACAGCAAUUCUAUCAGCUGACCUAGAAGAAGUUGGAUUACUAAAGUUGCAAAUAUCACCUCAGCAGUCAGAUAUGAUUUUCUUUUCUUUUCUUUCCCCCUGCUUUUACUUGUCUAUUAAAAUUUUGGUAUUUUUCAUUUUUGUUGAUUUUGUAGGCUGAAUGGAGACUGAUAUAUAUAGUUGUAGGAAGAUAAUUACUUGUUACACAUUUUUGGCAACUUCAAAUUCAGUUAUGUGGUGGAUUUUACUUGAGCAAAUGUUGCUACUUAUGUUUCUGUUGCAAGUUUUGCGUUAAUGGAAAUGUUCAAGAAAAAAGUGAGAUGAAUGAAUAGUUGACAUUU